UUCAUCCUUCAUUUCACAAUCCCCAAUUAUUUUCUCCAAAUUUUUCCUUUCAUUCAAGAUGCAGAUCUUUGUGAAAACCCUCACCGGCAAGACCAUCACCCUUGAGGUGGAGAGCUCUGACACCAUCGAUAACGUCAAGGCUAAAAUCCAGGACAAAGAAGGGAUUCCCCCAGACCAGCAGAGGCUUAUCUUUGCCGGAAAGCAGCUCGAGGACGGGCGUACCCUCGCCGACUACAACAUCCAGAAGGAGUCCACCCUCCACUUGGUCCUCCGUCUCCGUGGUGGUAUGCAGAUCUUUGUGAAGACCCUCACGGGCAAAACCAUCACCCUUGAGGUCGAGAGCUCUGACACCAUCGACAACGUCAAGGCCAAGAUCCAGGACAAGGAGGGCAUCCCUCCGGACCAGCAAAGGUUGAUCUUUGCUGGAAAGCAACUCGAGGACGGGCGCACCCUUGCUGAUUAUAACAUCCAGAAGGAGUCAACCCUCCAUUUGGUGCUCAGGCUGCGUGGUGGUAUGCAGAUCUUCGUGAAGACCCUUACGGGCAAGACCAUCACUCUUGAGGUGGAGAGCUCUGAUACCAUUGACAACGUCAAGGCCAAGAUCCAGGACAAAGAGGGAAUUCCCCCGGACCAGCAGAGGCUCAUCUUUGCUGGCAAGCAGUUGGAGGAUGGCCGCACUCUUGCCGACUACAACAUCCAGAAGGAGUCGACCCUCCAUUUGGUCCUGAGGCUCCGUGGUGGUAUGCAGAUCUUCGUAAAGACCCUCACCGGCAAGACCAUCACCCUUGAGGUGGAGAGCUCUGAUACCAUUGACAAUGUCAAGGCUAAAAUCCAGGAUAAGGAGGGCAUUCCCCCGGAUCAGCAGAGGCUCAUCUUCGCUGGCAAGCAGCUGGAGGAUGGUCGCACCCUUGCAGACUACAACAUCCAGAAGGAGUCGACCCUGCAUUUGGUGCUCAGGCUGCGUGGUGGUAUGCAGAUCUUCGUGAAGACCCUGACGGGAAAGACCAUCACCUUGGAGGUUGAGAGCUCGGACACCAUUGACAACGUUAAGGCCAAGAUCCAGGACAAGGAGGGCAUCCCACCAGACCAGCAGAGGCUCAUCUUUGCUGGAAAGCAGUUGGAGGAUGGCCGCACCCUGGCUGAUUAUAACAUCCAGAAGGAGUCGACCCUGCACUUGGUCCUGAGGCUCCGUGGUGGUAUGCAGAUAUUUGUGAAGACCCUGACUGGGAAGACCAUCACCCUGGAGGUGGAGAGCUCUGACACCAUUGACAACGUCAAGGCCAAGAUUCAGGACAAGGAGGGCAUCCCACCAGACCAGCAGAGGUUGAUCUUUGCUGGAAAGCAGUUGGAGGAUGGAAGGACCUUGGCAGAUUAUAACAUCCAGAAGGAGUCCACCCUUCACCUUGUCCUCCGCCUCCGUGGUGGCUUCUGAAUGUUGUGAAAGUUGCUUGGUCUAUUUCCGUUGUCUGUGUCUGUUGGGUUGUGGUCAGUUUAUUCCGAAAGUUGGUGUCUGGUUUGCCGUUGUUGAAUUCCGAAGAUGAAUUACCCCCUACCACCCUAAAUAAAUCUAUCUUUCUACA